GGGCGGGGCGUCACGAGCAGCCGCAGUCGGCGACGUGGGGGUCCCGACGCCCUCCUCCCCUUCGCGUCGCUCCCUCCAGAAGACCUUCUGAGCGGAAGGGAAGGGAAGUUGCAAGCUCCUCGCGGUUUUUUCUCUCCCUCUCGUGUCCCAGUCCCGCCGCCACGACAGGACAAUUGCUUGGCGCGGCGGAAGCUCGGAGGCUCGAUGACGACGAAGGAAGAGAACAUUCGAACAGAUGAAAUGGCGAACCCAUCUCCAGCAAAGAGUAUAGGCGACCCUGGAAUCACACCGCUGUCUCCUACACACAUUCAGCAGAAUGACGCAGACCAGGUCCCGUCAGGAAUGCCCUUUGUGGUGGUGGUGGCCAUUGACUUUGGCACCACAUCAAGCGGCUAUGCUUAUGCAUUCACUAAGGAGCCUGAGUGCAUUCACACUAUGAGGCGUUGGGAGGGUGGUGAUCCUGGAGUCUCCAACCAGAAGACACCGACCACAAUCUUGCUGACCCCAGACAGAAAGUUCCACAGUUUUGGCUAUGCAGCCCGUGACUUUUAUCAUGACCUAGACACCAGUGAGUCCAAGCACUGGCUCUACCUGGAGAAAUUCAAAAUGAAGCUCCAUACCACAGCGAAUUUGUCCAUCAACACGGAUCUCCAGGCAGCCAAUGGUAAGCGCGUGAAAGCUUUGGACAUUUUUGCCUAUGCACUGGCCUUCUUUAAAGAGCAAGCACUGAAGGUAAUGUACCUGACGAUAAGCAUUACAUACAUUAUUUGUUAUAUAAACCGGGGGUGCAUCUUGGGAAAUCAUUCAUUUAUUAACAAAACCCCAAAACAUUCACAUUUUAGUUAAAAAAAAAUCAGUUGUUCGGUAUACAUAUAUACAUAAAUACAACACAUAUACAUAGAAACUAGGGGUGUAAAGAUUCAUUUUAGCAACGAUUCGACUCGUAUCAUGAUUCAUGUUUGCCGAUUCG